AUGGAGGAAGGAGACUUCUCAGGUUCAUCCGUGCGAUCCGAGGUGACGGAUGGGCAGAACACCAUGACCACGACAGAAACACGCACAACCUCUGAACCCCAACCGAAGCCCCUUGUGCUCAGGCUCCUGGAGGUGCAGAAUGGUGAUGAGGCCGAAGUGGUUGGGGAAGAAGGACAAGAGGAGGACAACGAAGCGACCAAGACUCACAAAUCCUAUGAGGCCUCCGAAUCCUUCAGGUCCCACAACUCCAGCGAUCCCCGCAAGUCCCGCAAAGCCAGUGAUUCGCUCCGGUCCCGCAAGGGCAGUGAACCUCUGGAGCCCCGCAAAAUCAAUUAUUCCCUCCGGUCCCUCAGGGGCAGCGAGCCCCUUCAGUCAGCCGGGAGCCAGGAGGAUGGAAAAGAUGACUUGUUUCCCAACACAGUGAUUACGACAUCCCCAUCUUUGAUAGCCAGAUACCUACCGCGGCUCCAGCUGGCUUCCCUGAAAGCACACCCAGUUACCCAUGACCUUGUAAAGAAAUGUUUUUAUUCUAGGAAAAGAGUUCAAGAUCUUUCUAGACCGAAAAAGCAAUGGGGAACUCCAGAUAGGAGGCUGUUUUGGGGAAACCAAGAUCCCAUUCGCCCUGUUUCUGAGGCUGCUUUGAAAGCUACGCUAUCCAAGAGAAUUGAGGACCUUGCUCAGCCCAGGCUGGUCUCCCGACAUUAUGUCCCUAACAGAGUUCAAUAUUACUACAGCUGCGGAAGAGAGUCUGUUAUCUGGGAGAUCUCCCCUCCUGCGCUGGUCACCCGGCCUUCCAAACGGAUCCAGAAGCUGGCCCAACCCAACAGAUUCAAAACACAGAGCCUGAUAAAGAGAGAAAGCCCACCAGGCACCAUUCGUUUCUCUGAUCCUUCUCCCCGGAUUCUGCGACUCUCCAUAGCCAAAGGCACCAAUCCCAGCUACGUUCCUCCGAAGACCUUGGAAACCAAGAUCUCCUUCUCUACCCUGAGUGCUGUUGCGACCCCAAGGAUUGUAGACCUUGCCCACCCAAGGAUUAAGAUAGAAGGCCUAUGCUAUGAAAGAGAAAGGAGUGAAUUGCCCAUCCGUCCCGUAGCCCCUGCCGCCCUACUUGCUAAUCCUAGUGAAAGAACGAUAUUUCUAGCAAAGUCCAAGCCUGUUCAUGAAGACUAUCUCCCUAUCCGAGAUGCUCGGUGGCCUAUAUCUUACGCUGCGACUCAUUCUCAGGUGUCUGAGAGAGUCCUGGAGUUAGCGAAUCCACACACAAGGAGUCCAGCGAACCUUGUAUACUACGACCCGAACGUCUUUAAAGUCAAGCCUUCUGCUUUAAAAGCACACUGUUCCGACAGGGUCAAGGAACUGGCGGAACCCAUUGUGCGUUAA